GCUAGUUUCGUCCGGCUAACACGCGAGCAGGCCUAUGUAUUUAUGUGUUGGAUUUCAAUUAGUUGUGUUCUCGCUAAAUAAAUAAAUAUAUAUGAAUAACAGUACUUAAAUAGAGUAGCACGCGUGACAAAGAAAAUAAGAAAUGUUAGGCGGCAGGUCAGCUGAAGAUAGCCAACUAGCCAACACUCUGGAUGUGCCCCGCCCCUUUAGCUCUGGCUGGAUGAGCUCCGAUGAUGCUUUGCGGCUGAAUCUCCUCCUCGCGGAUGAUGGCGGCGAGACUGAAUUCGUGUAAAUUAUAAUCUGUACAACGUUGAUGCGAUUUUCUUUAUUUAAUUCGUCAUUGACAGUUUACCAAGAAUAGUAUUUUCCCGUGCACGUCAGAAACGGGUCUGACGUCAGAAUGACUAAUGAGGAACCUCUCCCGAAGAAGGUUCGCCUUAGUGAAUCUGAUUUGAAGACCCUGACCAGAGAAGAAUUAUGUGCAAGGUGGAAACAGCAUGAUGCCUAUGUCCAGGUUCUUGAAGCGAAAUAUGCUGAUUUAAACUCGAACGAUGUGACGGGGCUGAAGGAGUCUGAGGAGAAGCUGAAGCAGCAGCAGCAGGAGUCCGCACGCAGGGAGAACAUUCUAGUCAUGCGGCUGGCCACCAAGGAACAGGAGAUGCAGGAGUGCACAACUCAGAUCCAGUACCUGAAGCAAGUCCAGCAGCCCAGCGCCGCCCAGCUCCGGUCCUCCAUGGUCGACCCUGCCAUCAACUUAAUUUUCCUCAAAAUGAAGGCUGAACUGGAACAGACUAAAGACAAACUGGAGCAAGCCCAAAAUGAACUGAGUGCCUGGAAAUUUACACCUGAUAGCCAGACGGGUAAGAAGCUGAUGGGCAAGUGUCGCAUGCUGAUCCAGGAGAACCAGGAGCUGGGCAGGCAGUUGUCCCAGGGUCGCAUCGCCCAGCUGGAGGCCGAGCUCGCCUUACAGAAGAAGUACAGCGAGGAGCUGAAGAGCAGCCAGGACGAACUGAACGACUUCAUCAUCCAGCUGGAUGAGGAGGUGGAGGGGAUGCAGAGCACCAUCCUGACGCUGCAGCAGCAGCUGAAGGACACGCGGCAGCAGCUCACCCAGCCGCCUCAGGCCCAGGGCGCCUCCGCCACAGCGACCGCCGGGCCCAGCAGGACCGCCCCCUCCUCCCCCUCCACCUCCUCCGAGCCCGGCGCCCAGACUGAACCCGGCCCAACCCCCGGAACCAGCGCCACCGGGAAGGACUGCGGAAGGGUCACCAACGGCCCCACCAAUGGGAACAACAGCGGCCAGCGAGGGGGCGCGGCGGCCUCGGGAGUGGCAGGGCUGUACCAGGAGGGCAGCAGCAUGGAGGAAGACUUCCCGCCAUCGCCGUUGGCGUCAAGCCCGGCCCACGGGGAGGGCUCCAAGCUGUCGAACCACUCGGAGGAGGCGGCUAGCCAGGGGGGCGGGGAAAGGUUUGUGAGGCGGCUGAGCGUGGGUUACGAGAGCGUGGACUCCCCGACGGGAAGCGAAGCCUCCGCCACCCAGCACUCCAACGACACGGACUCCAACGCCGAUUCACACGAGGCCGCCACCGCCCCCGUCGCCAAGGGCAGCAGGACUGCUGGGACACGGCACGCCACGCAGAAUGGCCUGGACUCUGCUGCAGCCGCCGCUGCUGCCGCGGCAACCACCAGCGCCACGGUGACUACUAACUCCUCCUCCACAGGGUCUGUUUUGUAACGUUCUUCAGUCGUCAUUGAUGUUGUUUUUUUUUAUACUUAAAACAGAUUUAAUCAACACAUGAUAGCGCCAGUGGCAAAGACAUGUUCAUCCUCAUGCUUUUGUUUAAAUUUUUUCCCUUUGCUUCUGUUGACAACAGUUGUGGAAGGAUAAUUUAGUUGGUUAAGCGAAGUGCUUUGAUUUUAAACUUUUUUUUUUUGUUUGUUUGUUUCGUUUUUUUGUUUCCCUCCUGUUGAUGUCUGAAGGAUAUUUGAUCACCACUGGUUUUAUUCACCUCAUUGGCUCGCUAAGAAGUGAAAUCACUUUGCGUUGUUCCACUGUAAAGUCCAAUAAAGUCAUGAGGCCACCGGGUCUAGUCUGCAGUAGACCUGUUCUAAAUGAGUCGACUCUUAACUCUGUCCCUCCAUGGCAGACACUUUUUUUUUUUGUGUGUGUUUGUAGGUUUUUUUUUUGUCUCCAAAAUAUGCUCUAAAUUCACGUUUAUUCUGAUUUCAAUCCUUUUCAUGUACUGACCAAAUAUCAAUAAAUAAUUUUAAUAGAA